AUGCAGGCCGUCCAGUAUGAACGGCACCCUGCUCUUGGCGGGUCGCCCACCUAUACAGAUCAUGUGCCCCAGGACCCCCCCCGCAAGAACCCCGUCCCCAAAAACGUUGCCUUCGAGCUCCUACUUGAUGAGAACUCCAAGGUGCGGGCUCGUAUUCCCAUGCGAGUGCAAAUAUAUCCUCAUGACACCACGGACUCGAUUGUGACGACAGUCAAGAACUUCUACGGGAUCUAUGACGGCGCCGCGAGCGGUGUCAGUUUUGAGGAUGAGCACGGCACCACACUGAUUGCCAGGUACGAGAACUUGAGAAAUAACAUGACUGUGUACGUGCGGGUGAUCCCCGUCCAGGCAUAUGCAGAAGGCUAUGGAGAGCGUUAUUACGGCCAUAUGCCGGUCGAGGCUCGCAAACGCCCAAGUCUUGGCGAGCCUUUCCAGAUGGCAGCCGCAAUGCAGCCGGCGCAAAUCACAGAUCACGGGCAACCACCCUCCCGGCCAGGUUCUAGACAGGCUCGGAAGCGCAGUAUGUCACCGUCCGGGAGAAGCCGUCGUAGCGCUUCUCAACACAAGCAGCUCUCUCGAGCGGGUAACAAGAGCAGGGGCUCUAGCACACAUGGCAGCUUUCAUGACGAUGGGGCCUCUCUUUACAGCGACAGCGAGGGCGGAUAUGGGUCUGUCUCUGGGGGUAAGAAGUCCCGUAGUGAGCAGUUAGGCAGCUCGGACAUCAGUAUGGACAAUAUUCUCCAAGAUGGCCGCCGCAAGCGGCCCAAGUUUGAGAGUUCGGAAUUACCAUUGUUCGCUCCCCCUCAGGUGCCUCUCACUACCUCUACCUCGUCGAUCUCCCCCCAACGUCGAUCCAUCGGCCAAGAGGGGGCUAUCUCGCCAUUCGCACGCCCCACCCAGCGGCCCUACAGUUAUCAACAACCAUUACCCUCGCCGCAAAGCUAUGGACAUAGUGAUCAGAUAUAUGGGUAUAAUUCCGUACGGAAUAAUAUCUAUGCCACUCCAGUGGUUCCUGAACAUGGACACCGCCUGCGGGAGCGGACCACGACCCAGUCAUCAGGGCAAUUCAGCAACCCAGCAGGUAAUGGUAGCGGGCCUGGCAUUCUCCCUACCCCCGACCCUACUAUCGCCAGCUGCAUUUCCGACGAGGAUGUUGCGAUGCAGUUAAUCCGCUUGGGCGAUGCCUCCAAUUUCUCUCAUGGACGAACAUCGGCUUCGACCCUUGAUGACGCCUUCAGUGGCGCUGCCGAUGCAGCUUCCUCAACAGGGGCGACGAGUGACGGCGAAGAUUUCAGCGAAGAAGAUGAUGACCUGCCCGCGCGGAGCAGACACAGGCUGGACUCGAGUCCGAUGCUUCCGCCGGGUACUACAAAGCGUACACACAAGCGGCUGGACGACAUCCUUCCGAGUUUUGACAGCUCCGAUGGAAGUGAUGGUGAUGAAGAGUACCAGCACGAUGAUUGCCACGACAGCCCGAUCAAAAACGAGGCUGAUGAUGAUUCUCUUUACAAAGAAUCAGCACCCAAGCCGAAGAAGGCUAAAACAAGGGCAAACAGUGCCGCCUCUAGCAAGGCCCGAGGAACCAAGUCAGCACCUGUGCGACAAAAUAAAGUCCACAAGGCUGCACCGGUUGCUGCUCGUAAGGUGAAGUCGGUGCCAAUUGCUACUAGUCAAAAAGCCGUUGUGCCACCGCAGAUGGUUAGCCCUGCCCCGACACGGAAGGCCUCAACUUCCUCGGUCAACUUUCAGCACCAGUUGGCUGCCGAUGAAGAAGACUUAUCAACCAAACCGCGCUGCCAACGCUGCCGUAAGAGCAAGAAGGGCUGCGAUAGGCAACGUCCCUGCGGACGGUGCAAGGAUGCCGGUAUUGGCAUCGAAGGCUGCAUUAGCGAAGACGAAGGAAACGGUCGCAAGGGCCGCUAUGGUCGUCAUAUGGGAGUUCCUGUCAAGAAAGCAAUAGAGGGGGGCUCAGUGUGCGGUGAGGCACUACCCAUAGUGGCGGCGGCCCCGUUAUCAUCUACAGCCCUUGACAAGAACAAGAAACGCAAGCGUUAG